UCCAUUUUUUGUGCAACCUGCAGCCAAGGAUGUUGUGCUAAAGAGGAGGUUGGAUUCCAGAGGAAUGUCGUCAGAAACAAAUCAACAUACAAAAGGGACAUGACAACCUUUUGCUCUUUUUUUUAACGCAGAGCGAAAAGAGAUAUCAAUUGAAUCAUUUAAAUGCAUCAUGAAAAUGAAGAGAGAGCACAGAAGGUGAACAUGUAAUUGUUUUAUGACAACAGUGGACGCAAGCAGAUGAAAGAGUUUUCAAAUCUGGGUAGAAGAAGAUUUUCACUUAGUCAAAAAAAUGUCUUCGGUCAAGUGUUAUCCUCUUGUAGGAAUUUUAUUGUCUCUUCUUCCCUUUCAAGUGUGUAGCCACCCCAGGGUGCGGGCUCAGGCAGAGGACAGGCUACUGAGGACUCUGUUCAGCCAUUACAACAAACUGGCACGCCCUGUGGCCAAUGUCUCUGAUGUGGUGCAUGUGCUCUUUGGGUUGUCCAUUGCCCAGCUCAUUGAUGUGGAUGAGAAAAAUCAAAUGAUGAUCACCAAUGUCUGGGUGAAACAUGAGUGGAAUGACUACAAGCUCUGCUGGAAUCCAAAGGAAUACGAGAAUGUCACAUCCAUGCACAUCCCAUCCCAUCUAAUCUGGAGACCAGAUAUAGUUCUUUACAACAAUGCAGAUGGUGAUUUCUCCGUGACCCACCUGACCAAGGCCCACCUGUUCCACGACGGGCGCAUCAAGUGGGUUCCCCCGGCCAUCUACAAGUCCUCCUGCAGCAUCGACGUCACCUUCUUCCCUUUCGACCAGCAGAACUGCACCAUGAAGUUUGGCUCGUGGACCUACGACCGCACCAAGAUCGACCUAAUCAGAAUGGCAGGCAAUGUGGACCAGAUGGACUACUGGGAAAGUGGCGAGUGGGUGCUGGUGGACGCCGUGGGCAACUACAAUAUCAAGAAGUACGAGUGCUGCCACGAGGUCUACUCUGACAUCACCUAUUCCUUCAUCAUCCGGAGACUACCGCUGUUCUACACCAUUAAUCUGAUCGUGCCCUGCCUGCUGAUCUCCUGCCUGACUGUCCUGGUCUUCUAUCUGCCCUCUGACUGUGGAGAGAAGAUCACCCUGUGUAUCUCUGUGUUGCUGUCUCUCACCGUCUUCCUCUUGCUUAUUACCGAGAUCAUCCCGUCCACCUCGCUGGUUAUCUCGCUCAUCGGGGAGUACCUCCUCUUCACCAUGAUCUUCGUCACCCUUUCCAUCAGCAUCACCAUCUUCGUGCUCAACGUACACCACCGCUCGCCGCGCACGGACACCAUGCCCCGCUGGGUGCGCCGUGUCUUCCUGGACGUUGUCCCCGGCUUCCUGUUCAUCCGGCGGCCUGCCGCGGUCAAGGACAACAAGAAGAGGCUGGCGGAGGCCAUGCAGAAGAGGGCCAUGCUAUGGGGUGAGCUGGAGGCUGAGCUGGAGGUCCAGGAGAUCCUGGCCCGCUCCCCUUCUCUCUUCUUGGGCCAACCCAUGGAGGCUUCCCUGCCCCCCAAGCUUCCCCAGCAACAGCAGCAGCCCCUGGACAAGUCCAGCCAGUACUCCAUCCUCCCGGAGGAGCCGACCACCUCGUCCCAGCCAGGCUGCUCUUCUCUGUUCCUCCACCCUCUCUUCCCACCCAGGGACAAGCACCACGCGGCCAGGCCCAAGAUGCGUUCCCUCAGCUUACAGUACGGCCUGGGUGAGAGGGAGCAGCCCCAGACCAACAUCCGCUGUCGCUCACGCAGUAUCCAGUACUGCUGCCUGCAUGAGGAGGUCUCCUCCAUGGGUAACGGCAUGCAGCGGCCUCUCUCUCAACACCCGUCCCUGAUGGAGGAGAGGAAGCAGAGCUGCUCAGCUGUCUGCAAGUAUCACUCAGGCCUGGCCAAGGAAGCCAAAGCAAUGACCAAGGACCAGCGGCUCCUCGUCUUAUCCCCGUCCAUGAAGAUGGCCAUGGAAGGUGUGCAGUACAUCGCAGACCACCUCCGUUCAGAGGAUAUCGACUUCUCUGUGAAGCAGGAGUGGAAGUAUGUGGCUAUGGUCCUGGACCGGAUCUUUCUGUGGUUGUUCAUCUUGGUGUGUCUCCUGGGGACCCUCGGACUCUUCGUCCCUCCCUGGCUGGCUGGAAUGAUAGACCUAUCUGUCUGACUCCAAACACUUCUGAAGCCAUUGAUGCACAUUCAAAUUGUACAACUGAUGAACAACUCACUUGCCACAAUUUUGUUCUGCACAACAUUAAUUACACAAGCAUUGUGGAGACACUGCACAAUACUUGUGUAAACAUUUGUGUGCAGAAAAUAUCAGUUGUAAUGACAACCAUUGUGUCAAAUGCAUUGUAUAUCAGUUGUGCAGACCCGAGUGUGAACAGGGCCAUGGCGGAUGUCACCAAUGGACAGGAAACCUUCUCAUUAAUUAAUUAAUUGUGAAAAGGUAUUUGUAGAUAAAAAGUGACACAUAAUUGUUUUGGCAAUGCUUUAUUUUCCAGAAGCCAGCAGAUGGAGCCAAAGGUCUCUAAUGUGAAGGACUGAGAAGUUACAUUGGGAUUGUGGAAACAUAGCGGUUACUGCCAAAAUAAUGAAAACAAUUGAGAAAAUGUGGUAUACAAAGUAUAUUGAAAGCAGGUGCUUCCAUACAGGUGUGGUUCCUGAGUUAAUUAAGCAAAAAACAUCCCAUCAUGCUUAGGGUCAUGUAUAAAAAUGCUGGGCAGGCCAUUAUUUUGGCUACUAUGGCUCUGCCCCAUAGAAUGACAAUGCUCCCAUCCACAGGGCAUGAGUGGUCACUGAAUGGUUUGAUGAGCAUGAAAAUUAUUUCAACCAUAUGCCAUGGCUUUUUUAGUCACCAGAUCUCAACCCAAUUGAACACUUAUGGGAGAUUCUGGAGCGGGGUCUUGAGACAGGGUUUUCCAUCAACAAAACAUCAAAUAAUGGAAUUUCUUGUGGAAGAAUGGUGUCUCAUCCCUCCAAUAGAGUUUACACUGGAAUCUAUGCCAAAGUGCAUUGAAGCUGUUGGUGUAUGUUGGUGUUUCCUUUAUUUUGGCAUUUACCUGUAUCUCUACCUGAUACUAUCCGUUUAUUUUGGCAUUUACCUGUAUCUCUACCUGAUACUAUCCGUUUAUUUUGGCAUUUACCUGUAUCUCUACCUGAUACUAUCCGUUUAUUUUGGCAUUUACCUGUAUCUCUACCUGAUACUAUCCGUUUAUUUUGGCAUUUACCUGUAUCUCUACCUGAUACUAUCCCUUUAUUUUGGCAUUUACCUGUAUCUCUACCUGAUACUAUCCGUUUAUUUUGGCAUUUACCUGUAUCUCUACCUGAUACUAUCCGUUUAUUUUGGCAUUUACCUGUAUCUCUACCUGAUACUAUCCGUUUAUUUUGGCAUUUACCUGUAUCUCUACCUGAUACUAUCCCUUUAUUUUGGCAUUUACCUGUAUCUCUACCUGAUACUAUCCGUUUAUUUUGGCAUUUACCUGUAUCUCUACCUGAUACUAUCCGUUUAUUUUGGCAUUUACCUGUAUCUCUACCUGAUACUAUCCCUUUAUUUUGGCAUUUACCUGUA